UUUUGUUAACAAAAUAGGACAAUCCAAAUCCAAUCAUUACUAUCCCGAGGAAAGGAUAAUACAAUUCUCUGAAAUUGAGGGAAAUAGAUUAUUAUUGUUAUUUAUUAGUGUUAUUAUUGUUAUUAUAUAGUUUUUUUUUUUCAUAAUUCCCGAAAUUAUAUAAUUAAAAUAUCCGAAAACAAAAGCUUGAAGACAGAGGAAUAGGCUUGGUAGGUGAGACAAGUCAUCAAUAUUCCCGCUUUGAUUACAUUACCAAACAGUGUAUUGUAUUAGUGUUUAGUCUUAAUAGUAUUACUGAAGCACUCAAACUCCAUAGAAAGCUUUGUCUCUCUCGUUUUCUCUCUCUCUCUAUCUAGUCGACCAUGGCGGCGGUGGUUCCGGUGGCUAAUUGGUUAUGGAUUUUGGUGUUUGUGAUUGUGAUUCUGAUUGGAAAUGGGGAAUCUAAGUACAUAAAGUACAAUACGACGUCAGGAAUUGUAGAAGGGAAACUCAAUGUUCAUUUGGUGCCUCAUACUCAUGAUGAUGUUGGAUGGUUGAAGACUGUUGAUCAGUACUAUGUUGGUUCCAACAAUAGCAUUCAAGGAGCGUGCGUUCAGAAUGUUUUGGAUUCUUUAGUUCCUGCUCUUUUGAAAGACAAGAAUCGAAAGUUCAUUUAUGUUGAACAGGCAUUUUUCCAGCGGUGGUGGAGAGAUCAGAGUGAGGAGGUCCAAAGCACGGUUAGGAAGUUUGUCAGCUCCGGACAACUAGAGCUCAUAAAUGGGGGAUGGUGUAUGCACGAUGAGGCAACAGCACAUUACAUAGAUAUGAUAGAUCAGACGACACUGGGGCAUAGAUACAUUAAGGAACAAUUCAAUGUCACUCCCAGAAUUGGCUGGCAGAUUGACCCUUUUGGCCAUUCUUCUGUUCAGGCUUAUCUUUUGGGUGCUGAGGUUGGAUUUGACUCAUUUUUCUUUGGGAGAAUUGACUACCAAGACAGAGCAAAGAGGAAAGAUGACAAAACCCUCGAGGUUAUCUGGAGGGGUUCUAAAAGUCUUGGUUCAUCUUCACAGAUUUUUGCUGGUGCAUUUCCUGAAAAUUAUGAGCCUCCAAGUAAUACUAAUUUCUACUAUGAAGUUAAUGAUGAUAUUGAUUCUGCUAUUGUCCAGGAUAACCCCAAUCUGUUCGACUAUAAUGUGCCUCUCCGUGUUAACCAGUUUGUAGCUGCCGCAAUAGCACAAGCUAACAUUACUCGCACAAAUCAUAUACUGUGGACAAUGGGAACGGAUUUCAAGUAUCAAUAUGCAGAGUCGUGGUUCCGGCAGUUGGACAAGUUCAUUCAUUAUGUCAAUCAAGAUGGUCGUGUCAAUGCCUUGUACUCAACCCCAUCAAUUUACACUGAUGCAAAAUAUGCAACAAAUGAGCGCUGGCCCCUCAAGGAAGAUGAUGAUUACUUUCCAUAUGCAGACCGUGUAAAUGCUUACUGGACUGGAUAUUUUACUAGUAGACCAGCUACUAAAGGAUACGUUAGAUUUCUCAGUGGCUAUUACCUGGCAGCACGGCAACUAGAAUUUUUCAAGGGAAGGAAUAAAGAAGGGCCAACCACAGAAUCUUUGGCCGAUGCUUUAGCAAUUGCUCAACAUCAUGAUGGACUUACUGGUACAGAGAAGCAGCAUGUAGCUGAUGAUUAUGCAAAACGACUUUCUAUAGGUUAUGCAGAGAGUGAGAAGGUAGUUGCGGCAUCACUUGCAAGCUUAACAGAUUUGGCAUCAAAAACUGAUAGCAAAACAAUGUUUCAACAGUGUCCACUUUUGAAUGUUAGUUAUUGUCCCCCAUCAGAAGCUGAUUUGUCAGAAGGAAAAGACCUGGUUAUUGUUGUUUAUAAUCCUCUGGGAUGGAAAAGAGAGGAUGUCGUAAAGAUUCCUGUUACAAAUGAGAAUCUUGUUGUUCGGGAUUUUAGUGGAAAAGAAAUUCAAUCACAGCUCAUACCCGUGCUUAAUAACUCUUUGAGCUUAAGAAAUUUCCAUGUUGAGGCAUAUUUGGGAAAAUCUACAAGUGUAAGCCCUAGUUAUUGGCUUGCAUUUUCAGCAACUGUACCACCACUUGGUUUCAGCACUUACGUUGUCUCAAGUGAUAAACAGUCAGCUUCUAUUUCUAAGAGACGAAUAGCGUACAAGUCAGACACAAGUCAAAAUUAUACAGUAUCAGUAGGGCCAGGGAAGUUGAAGCUUAUUUAUUCUGGAAAUGAAGGAAAACUUACUAAAUAUGUUAAUAGCAGGAGCAAGGUUGAAGAAUCAAUAGAGCAAUCAUACAGCUAUUACCCUGGAGAUGAUGGAAGUGUAGAUUUACAGGCUUCAGGAGCAUACAUCUUUCGUCCAAACGGUACAAAACUCAUCAAACGUGAAGGGCAGGUUCCUCUUACACUUUUCCAAGGACCAGUGUUGGAUGAAGUACAUCAAAGGAUCAAUCCAUGGAUAUAUCAGAUCACUAGAGUGUACAAUGGAAAAGAGCAUGCCGAAAUUGAAUUUACUGUUGGACCUAUACCAAUUGAAGAUGGAAUUGGCAAAGAGAUUGUAACAAAAUUUACGAGUAGCGUGAAAAGCAACAAACAAUUCUUUACAGAUUCUAAUGGACGUGAUUUUAUUGAAAGGAUUCGAGACGAUAGAAAGUACUGGAACCUGGAAGUGAAUCAACCUGUUGCAGGAAAUUAUUACCCGAUUAAUCUCGGAAUCUAUUUGAAAGAUAACAACACAGAGAUCUCGGUAUUAGUUGAUCGAGCAGUGGCUGGAUCUAGCAUUGUGGAUGGGGAAUUAGAAUUGAUGCUUCACAGGAGGUUGCUUCGUGAUGAUGGUCGAGGUGUCGCAGAGGCACUCAAUGAAACAGUUUGUGUUCGUGAUGAAUGCCUAGGGCUAAUUAUCCAAGGAAAGUAUUAUCUCAGAGUGGAUCCUAUAGGGGAGGGUGCUAAAUGGCGUCGAUCUUUUGGUCAGGAGAUAUAUUCACCAUUUCUCUUAGCCUUCUCGCAACAGGAUGGAGAUAAAUGGAGAAACUCUCACGUUCCAACAUUUUCUUUGGUGGAUUCUUCCUAUGCUUUACCUGAUAACGUUGCAAUCAUAACCCUCGAGGAGCUAGAAAAUGGAGGAGUCCUCCUUCGUUUGGCACACUUAUAUGAGAUUGGAGAGGAUAAGGACCUUUCAGUUACGGCCAGCGUAGAGCUGAAAAGACUGUUUGUAAAUAAGAAGAUAAACAAAAUAGAAGAGACAAGUUUAUCUGCUAACCAGCAAAGAGCAGAAAUGGAGAGGAAAAGACUUGUUUGGAAAGUAGAAGGCUCUACUGAAGAACCGAAAGUGUCGAGGGGAGGACCUGUUGAUCCAACAAAGUUGGUUGUGGAACUUGCUCCAAUGGAAAUUAGAACCUUCAUCAUCAACUUCUAAAAAAAAAAAAAAAAAAAAAAAAGAAAGGGCGGCAGUGAAAGAUCUUCAAUUGUUGGUGUUGGAAAAGUAACUAAUUUUUCCUUGAUGUCAAUUAGUGGUUCUAGUUUUGGCAAGUGUACAUGGAAUUGACCCCUCUCAUUCAUGGUUUGCUUUGUUGAAUCUGAAGUUUAAUUCAAAUAAGUAAACUAGAUGGACAUCAUAGAUAUAUAUAUAUAUAUAUAUAUAGGACAACAAUCAAUUAAUCAAGGAUGGACAAUAUUUUUGUGUUAGUCAUGAACAAGCAUGCUUUGCUCUUUUAAUUUUUAUGUGUAUUUUUGAGUUAAUUACAUUUUGAUACUAUUUUAGAAUUUUUCAAUUUAGACCUUUAA